CUUAAUUUCAGUUGCUUACACGCACGACACUUGAAGAAAUUUAAGAAAAAACUUUUUGAAAAAAUUAACGGUUAAAAUUUUUUUGAAAAACUAGAGAAAAUUUUACCUUGACAAGUUACUAAACGCACUACUUUUCAACGCCACAAUUUCUUUGAAGUAUUAAUAAAAACACAAAAUCUAUAACAAUGGCUGAUAAUGACGAUCUUCUCGAUUAUGAAGACGAAGAGCAGACCGAGCAGGCAGUUGUUGAUGCAUCAGAGAAAAAGGAUGUGAAAGGAACUUAUGUAUCUAUUCACAGCUCUGGUUUUCGUGAUUUCCUUCUUAAACCUGAAAUCUUGAGAGCUAUUGUUGAUUGUGGUUUUGAGCAUCCUAGCGCAGUACAACACGAAUGCAUUCCUCAAGCUGUAUUAGGCAUGGACAUUCUUUGUCAAGCAAAAUCGGGUAUGGGAAAGACAGCUGUGUUUGUAUUGGCGACUCUACAGCAACUGGAACCAACUGAUAAUCAAGCCUACGUAUUAGUCAUGUGUCAUACUCGAGAACUUGCUUUCCAAAUUAGCAAGGAAUACGAGAGAUUCAGCAAGUACAUGUCAGGCGUUAAAGUUGCUGUUUUCUUCGGUGGAAUGCCAAUUCAAAAGGACGAAGAAGUUUUAAAGACAACAACUCCACAUAUUGUUGUCGGAACGCCUGGACGAGUUCUUGCUCUUAUUCGUAGCAAAAAAUUGAACUUGAAGAAUCUUAAACAUUUCAUUUUGGAUGAAUGCGACAAAAUGUUGGAGCAAUUAGAUAUGCGUAAAGACGUACAAGAAAUUUUCCGAAACACACCACACGGAAAACAAGUCAUGAUGUUCUCAGCUACGUUAAGCAAAGAAAUUCGCCCGAUUUGCAAGAAAUUCAUGCAAGAUCCUAUGGAAGUUUACGUUGACGAUGAAACCAAAUUGACAUUACACGGAUUGCAACAACAUUAUGUUAAAUUGAAGGAAAAUGAGAAGAACAAGAAGCUCUUUGAACUUUUAGAUGUCCUCGAAUUCAAUCAAGUUGUCAUUUUCGUCAAAUCCGUCCAAAGAUGUGAAGCUUUAGCAACUUUAUUGACUGAUCAGAAUUUCCCUGCUAUUGCAAUUCAUCGUGGAAUGGCGCAAGAAGAACGUUUAGCUAAAUAUCAACAGUUCAAGGAUUUCCAAAAACGUAUAUUGGUUGCGACAAAUCUUUUCGGACGUGGAAUGGAUAUUGAACGUGUCAAUAUUGUGUUUAACUACGACAUGCCAGAAGAUUCAGAUACUUAUCUUCAUCGAGUUGCUCGUGCCGGACGUUUUGGAACCAAAGGUUUAGCUAUUACAUUCGUUUCCGAUGAGAACGAUGCUAAAAUCUUGAAUAGCGUUCAAGAUCGAUUCGAUGUCAACAUUACAGAAUUGCCGGAUGAGAUUGAUCUCAGUUCAUACAUUGAAGGACGAUAAGAAGUAACAAUAAAGGAAGCAUCAUCCCGCAUUUUGGAUCUUAAGAAACUUAUAUAUACCUACAUAUAAUUUUUUCUUUAUAACUUAAGUAUUUUUCAUAAUUAAUUAAUUUUUAUGUGCAUAAAACACUUUCUUUUGGAUUUCGAUGAGGCACAUAACAUGAAGAGUUAAACCAAUCAAUUAAAUCUUGUAGAGAUCGUCAUUUAACAUUUUUACUUUCCACAAAAAAAACAGACUUG